AUUAUUCUAUAGAAAAUAAAUUAAAUUUUACCAGAAAGUGAAUGAGGAACCAUGACACCAACAUUGCUGCAAAUUCAGUUUUACAUUCCAACAAGCUGCAUUGAGUAGACUGCCAAAGAGCAGAGGAUGAGGCUUGGGACCAUGAGAGCAUCCACCCGGACCGAGCCGGAGCUGGCAAUAGCAGGCUCCACCUCUGAAGGAGAGAGGGGCGUGGUGACCGGUCCGCCAGCAACCUCGCUGUCAGGGUUCGGGGGGCUCGGGCUGGACGGGAUUAUGGGCAGCGAGGACUCAGAAGGGGUGGGGGCUUCACCCUUAGGGGAGGGCAGGAGAGGGGAAAUGUCCGGAGACAAUGUGGGAAAUGGAGAGUCAGGCUCCGGGGCGGCUGGUAGAGUUGCUGGGGCUGCCGGAGUUGUAACCGGUGAUGAGAGCGGGGCGAGUGGGAGGGAUGCCGGGGCGGCCGAGAUGGUGGAGAUGUGGAGUUGAUGGGAGGCAGAGGAGGAGGCAA